GCUUUAGUCAAGAUGGCGUACGAGGACGAUCUUCAAAGUUUCUGAUGCAAAAAAGAAAACCAAAUAAAAAACCUGCCUUGCAGGCCAUUCAACAUGGAAAUGAGACUGGGAUCGAGCCGUAUCAACGAUUUGGGAAUCUUGAAUCAAC